CGGGGAUGGAGGCCGCGGAGGCAGCGCCGCGCGCGGGGACGGGCGGCCGCGCGGCCGGCGGCUGGGGCAAGUGGGUGCGGCUGAACGUGGGGGGCACGGUGUUCCUGACCACCCGGCAGACGCUGUGCCGGGAGCAGAAGUCCUUCCUCAGCCGCCUGUGCCAGGGGGAGGAGCUGCAGUCGGACCGGGAUGAAACUGGGGCCUACCUCAUUGACCGUGACCCCACCUACUUCGGGCCCAUCCUGAACUUUCUCCGGCAUGGCAAGCUGGUGCUGGACAAGGACAUGGCUGAGGAGGGGGUCCUGGAGGAAGCUGAGUUCUACAACAUUGGCCCACUAAUCCGUAUCAUCAAAGACCGGAUGGAGGAGAAGGACUACACAGUCACCCAGGUCCCACCCAAGCACGUGUACCGUGUGCUGCAGUGCCAGGAGGAAGAGCUCACGCAGAUGGUCUCCACCAUGUCUGAUGGCUGGCGCUUCGAGCAGCUGGUAAACAUUGGCUCCUCCUACAACUACGGCAGUGAGGACCAGGCAGAGUUCCUGUGCGUGGUGUCCAAGGAGCUCUACAGCUCCCCACACGGGCUGAGCUCCGAGUCCAGCCGCAAGACCAAGAGCACGGAGGAGCAGCUGGAGGAGCAGCAGCAGCAGGAGGAGGAGGUGGAGGAGGUGGAGGUGGAGCAGGUGCAGGUGGAGGCAGAUACACAGGAGAAAGCUGUUACAAGCCAGAGGCACCCGGAUGUGAGGCCCCAGAUCACCUCCAGGGACUUGGGGUUCCGAUCUGAAAUCCUUUAUUUUUGUACCACGGGUGGGCCCCUGGCCCAAGAUGGAAGAAGUGCUCCCCCCACCACCUCUGUCUGCACCUGCGUGCUGUGAUUCACCCCUACCUCCAGGGGCGGGUGGGGGCCCACUGGAACUUCUAAAGGCCUGAGCUGGGUGCUGGGACCCCUGGACAGAACCAUCUGCAUGGCCACAUGUGGCGCUGUCCAGCUGUCUCUCCCAGGCCCUUUGUCCCCUCUCCGGGCCCCCUGCUGCAUGGCGAUGCACGCCCUCCCAGCUGAGUCACACCACCUCCUUGAGCCUUAGUCUCCUUGUCAGUCCAGUGCAGUGACUCUUCCCACCUACCUCACAGGGUUGUCGUGAGGCUGCAAAGAGAGGCAAGGACCCCACAAGCCCUGGGAGAGGGCAUAGGGCUGCCCUUCCUUCACCUGCCCUGGGAGGUUUGGGUCGGGGGUGAAGGGUGUGGGUUUGGCUCUGCCAGAAGGAGGCAUGGAAGGAGGGGUGUGUGACUUGGCCUUCACCCUGGCUGCCCCCUGCCACCUACUCACACUGCUGGCAGAGUGCUCUGGCUGGGGGGGUAGGGGGAGCGGUGGCUCCGCAGGGGCAGUGGAGUGACUCAGGAACUUGUGAGAAGGAGAGGGGGACAUUCCUCCUCUGCCCGAGAAUCUGGGGGUGGCAGGGGCUGAGCGACGGGCCCCUCCGGUGUUUAUGGCCUCCCAGGACAGGUACUUGCUUCUCAACUGUGUCCAACCCUCCAUGUAAUAAAACCUGAAUAAAGCCCGGCCUGGCUGCCUCCCUCUCUUUCUCUGCGCCACUU